CGUCAUAAGUAUGAAAUCCAUUGCAUCAUGGCCAAGGACUGUGUAUAAAUUAUCCCCAGACAAGAUGCAUCAUGUCCUUCAACCUCCAAACGCAACAUGCAAGCCGCCGCCAACAUAGCACAGUCGCAACUGGGGAAGUUGCCUACUGCCGUUCAGCCGGAAUAUAAACAUCGUGAAGAUGGCUCAACUAUGAAAGCCCUCGCGUGGUUCGGCGCGACAGAUGUUCGAGUUAUCGAUGCACCUAUCCCCGACAUCACAGAACCGGACGACGUGAUCGUGAAAGUAACUGGCACAACUAUAUGCGGAUCAGAUUUACAUCUGUACCAUGGGGAGAUCCUGACCCUUCGAAAGGGCGAUAUUUUGGGCCACGAGUUUAUGGGAGUUGUCGAUCGUAUUGGACCGAAUGUCAAAAACCUCGCCAUAGGUCAACGCGUUGUUGCCUCCUUCCAAAUUGCAUGUGGAAAGUGUCGAUAUUGCAAAGAGGGACUCUCUUCCUUUUGUGAUAACACCAAUAAUUCAACUUUGCAGAAUUAUAUGUAUGGAACACGCGACGCUGGCUUCUUUGGAUACUCCCAUUUCACCGGCGGUUUCCCUGGUGGCCAAGCAGAAUACGUCCGGGUUCCAUUAGGCGAAGUUAACCUUCUUCCUGUUCCAAAUGAAGUCUCGGACGAAGAGGCCCUGUAUCUCUCUGACGUUCUCCCGACAAGUUACCAUUGCGUCGUAGACACAGGCGUGCAGGAAGGUGACACUGUCGGAAUAUGGGGUCUUGGUCCCAUCGGACAAUGCUGCGCUCGCUGGGCAAAAUUAAAAGGCGCAUCUCGCAUCAUUGCCAUAGAUCAAGUCCCAGAACGUCUGGAGCGUGCCAGGGAACAGGGUUGCGAAGUGAUCGAUUUUAGCAAGGUCAAGGACGUUAGUCAGAAGAUCCAUGGAAUGGUCCCCGGAGGACUCGACGUCGCGCUUGACUGUGGUACAUUCCACGAGCCGAAGACCUGGCUUCAUAAAGGGAUGAAGAUGCUCAUGCUUGAGACUGAUGUUCCCGAAACCGCGAACGAGAUGAUCGCGUCAGUGAGGAAGAUGGGUCGAUGCGGUCUUAUUGCUGCAUAUUCUGGUUUUACCAACGGCUUCAACAUCGGUGCGCUCAUGGAGAAAGGGGUGAGAUUUAUCGGCAACGGUCAAGCGCCAGUCCACAAGUACUGGAGAGAAAUUCUGCAUGACUACAUUAUGACGGGCAAGUUUGACCCCAAAUUCAUGAUUUCUCAUCGCGUACCAUUGGAAGACAUGUCAAAGCUCUACGCUGCUUUUGACAAGCGUGUAGGAGGUGUUGAGAAAGUGUUUGUGGAAACUCAGUUCUCCUCGCCGCCUUCCGAUGGAACUCCGAAGCUUACUCGAGUCGAUGAAUGGGCGCAUUGAGGCAGGCAUUGCAUGUUGGAUCCAUUUCUAUUAAUACGUCUGAUAUUGUUCAGAUCAUGUCUUUAUUGUGUAAUGUAUUGAACUCGUAGUAUUUGAUCGAUUGAUCAAGGAAAAAAAGGUCACGCAAGGUUUUUGCAGGUGAUAUGUAGCUACAUAGUCUAAGGAGGUUGUUGUGAUCAUUCAUGAAAAAAUGUACGAUGCAGCAUUGGUGCAGCCAUUCAAAUGCAAAUGUUCAUGUUCGUGCGGUUGCCUACGUUUCCACAUGUGUAUGACAGGUUGCAUGUUUCUGCCUUUCGGCUUUGUCAUGCAUUUUCCGGCAUCCCGCUGAUUCCUUCAUCCAGUACCCCGCACCCGUAUUACGCCCGCCCCCUGGUGUGCGAACCAAUGGGUGCGUGAAUACGGGCGCGGGACGCUGGCAUCAAACUACGCGGAGGACAUGGAAAGGAUGCCAUGCAAGCGAAGGGUCAG